AUGCUCAAAUUCUUGGAUUUGCAAGAACAGCAAGAACGCUACUUCGGCAAGGACAAGGCAUCGGUGGAUCUUCUGGCAAGGGCGAUUGGGCUACGUGUAUCGGGUUUCCUUAUGAUAGACGAGAAAGAUGUUGAUAUUACACAAAAUCUGGCAGCGGCGGGUGUGGACUCGUUAGUUGCUAUCAAGUUGAGAAAUUGGUGGAAGCAGAGUUUAGGUGUCGAGGUUUCGGUUUUGGAGCUGAUGAAGCAAGGCAGUAUUUUGGGUUUGGUUGAGUUGGCUAUUGAGCGGCUGAGUGAGAAGUAUCGUAGCAAGAAGAAGUAG